UUGUUAGAUUAGAUAUUAGGAUUUUUUUUACAUUACUCCCUGUGUGUGUUGCAACUGUAAGAGAGCGCCAUGACCUACAGAAUGCCAUCAGAAGAGUUGAUUCGUGGGAUGCUCUAUCUGUCCCUGACUGUGGUCGGAGUCCCAGGUAACAUUGCUGUCAUCCUGGCAUUCCUUCUACUGCUGCACCAAGAGAACCAGCUCCUUCCAGCUGAUGUCAUCGUCCUGCACCUGACCUGUGCAAACCUGCUGGUGGUGGCUGUUCGCUGUCUGCUGGAGACCCUUGCCUCCUUCCAGCUGGCCAACGUCUUUGAUGACCACGGCUGUAAAUCGGUGAUUUUUGUCCACAGAACCGCCCGCUCCCUCUCCAUCUGGCUCACCUUCGUCCUAAGUGCCUACCAGUGUCUGAGCAUUGCCCCUCCAGGAUCACGCUGGGCCUCCAUGCGUCUCUUGGUGAACAAGUAUCUGGGUGUUGUGUUUAUCUUCCUCUGGCUCCUUACCACCUGCAUGAGCUUAGGUGCUAUACUCUUUUCCUCCGGCAGACAGAAUAACUUCACCAUGAUAAGCUAUGGCAUUAAUGUGCAAUUCUGUUAUGUGAACUUCCCCUCAAAGCUGUCCAAAGAGGUCUAUGGGGCGGCUCAGGUGGGCAGAGAUGUGGUGCCCAUGGCUCUUAUGGCCCUAGCCAGUCUGAUCAUCCUGGUCUUUCUGUACAAGCACAGCCGGCAGGUGAAAGGCCUCCGCAGCAGCAGCAGUGGUGGAGGUGGAGGGGCAGAGCAACGAGCUGCUAAAGCUGUGGUAGCACUUGUGACCUUGUAUGUGGUCCUCUAUGGGGUAGACAAUGGGUUAUGGGUGUACACUCUCACUGUGAGAAAAACCAUGACCACCUCACUGAUCUCUGACCUGCGGGUAUUCUUCUCCUCACUCUAUGCAGCACUAAGCCCUGUGGUGAUCAUUGCAUCCAACAGGAAGGUGAACAGCAGACUGGGUGUUCAGUGCAGAAGAAACAAAAAAUAGCAAAUGUGAUGUGAGCUAAACUUUGCUCGAGUCCGGGCAAUAAAUCAAUGACAACAUAUAUUGCAGUACCACUUUCUUCAGUCUCAAUGUAACAGGUUCAGCAUGUAUCAGUAUAAUAUACAUUCCACAAACUAACUUUGAGGUACAACAUCGCUUUGAAUGUUUUGAGUGAAGUAUUUCUGUGU